AAGAUGGAGAAAAUUUCAAAUAAUAUUAUGGUGAUGAGAAUGAGGGUCUAACAUUGAUAGUUGAUGAAUUAUAUCCAAUAUUAGUAUAUCAAUGACAUUACGAUACUUCAAAUAGUCAUCCAAUCCACCCAAAAACUAUUAGAAAAGUUGUAUCCAUACAACCAAACUCUAAUGUAGUGGAAAUCUCAUCAAUAUCUAUUAAACUGAUUGAACAGUACCAAUUCUCCAUAAUCACCUUAACAAAACCAUUAAAUAACCCAGCCCCAAGUGCCCCUAUCACCACCACUAUUACUUAACCAUAUGCACCAUCACACUCUCAGUCCACCACAACCAAAAUCAACUCAAAUACUCCAAAACUCAACGUUUUAUUCCAUUUUCCAAUCCUCACCAUACUUAACAGAAUUUGGUCACGUGAAAAUGUGGCCCGUAACAUCAAAAAUCCACUAUACAAACCUUCAAUAAAACAACCUUCAAUAAAGCCAUCAAAAUCAAUGAUAUUCACCUAUUUUAACACUCAAACCCUCAUAAAACCAUCCUCUACAAAGAAUUGGGUUC